GUUUGUAUAAGAAUUCGUAAACCGGGCUAUUUUGUUCAAACUACAGCGCUUUGAAGUUAUUUCUUCCGUUUUAUAAAAUUGCAUUUAUAUUCAGUGAAUUUUAUUCAUUCACAUUCCUUAGUAAACCUAACUAGGGUGAAAAAAAGAAGAACGUAACUAGCGUUAAGCACAUCCGUCGCCGCCACCGAUGUCCAGCGGGUGGCGCUGGCGCGACUUACCAAGUGGAGUUAAGUUUUGUGGACGGAAGUUUUCACGGAAGAAGAGUGGGACAGCAAUGGUUCGCGUUAAAGCCAGGUAUUUGCUGUGUGAAUUGAAUGUGUCAGACCGGACCCAACUGUUGCUGCUGGAUGACCGAGCUGUGUUAGCGGCAGUAAAAACAGCGGUGGCCCGCAUACACGGUGACUAUGGGGCGGCUCUCUGCAGCAUGAGAUUCUCAAUAAAAUAUCUGAAUGCCCACACUGGAAUAGUAUUCCUGCGUUUUCUUAGAAGAGCUUACAAGCUACUUUGGUCUGCACUGCCUUUUAUUACCAGUAUCGAUGCCCGUGGACACAAAAUCCCCUGUUUUCUUAAUUGUUUGCAUGUAGGAGGAACCAUUAGAACAUGUCAAAAGUUUUUGGUCAGGUACAACACCCAGCAACUUCAUCGUAUGCUCCCUAAAUGUAGAAAUGAAGAAGAAAAACAAGAGGUUCGCAAAGCAAUCCUGAACUGUUCCCUAACAAAAGGAAACAAUGAGGAAUUUCAUAUUGAAUCAGAGAGUGAGGAGGAUGAAGAAGCACAGUCAUAGUGAUUUUCUGCAGUAAAUUUGGCAACUGUUUGGUUCUGAGAUUUAAGGGGACUGAGUUAAAAUGGUUUAAUUCAGAUAUUCAGUACAUUUGUUAUUAAAGAAAAGACUGUGAGUUUGUCUUUAAUGCAGAGACAUAUGUCUUAGUGUUUGUCACAAAACAUUUUUAGUUAGCUGUCAGGUCAAAAUGGGUCUCCUUGAAAAGGAUCUAGUGUUGAUACUGAAUUGUUAUCAUUUUGGAUAAAGGCUUCUGAAAUAGUUUGUUUUUAUGAGUUUAUUUCUACUCUGUUCUAUAAGUAUACUAUUUUGUUUGUAAAUUAAAGUUUACUUAUCUUGAA